AUGGCAGACCGGGACUUCCAUGUAGAGAAGUGCUUGCCUGAACUGGCUGGUGCCAUCAAAAGGUCCAAGGUGCUCAUGGUCGGAGCUGGCGGUAUUGGCUGUGAAUUGCUGAAGAACCUCGUCCUGACUGGCUUUGGCGAAGUACAUCUGCUUGACCUCGACACAAUUGACUUAUCCAACUUGAACAGACAGUUCCUGUUUCAAAAGCAGCACAUCAAGAAGUCCAAGGCGCUGGUCGCCAAAGAAACAGCUGCAAAGUUCAACCCACACGUCAAGCUCGAAGCAUACCACGCCAAUAUCAAAGAUGCAAAGUAUGACAUUGCAUGGUUCCAGCAAUUCAAUCUCGUCUUCAAUGCUCUAGACAAUAUCGAUGCGCGUCGCCAUGUCAACAAGAUGUGCCUGGCGGCUGAUGUACCUUUGAUUGAGUCUGGCACAACAGGCUUUCGCGGCCAGGUGCAGGUGAUUGUGCGUGGCAAGACCGAGUGCUAUGAUUGCCAUCCAAAAGAAGUGCCUAAAAGCUUCCCCAUCUGUACUAUUCGAAGCACUCCCAGUCAACCGAUUCAUUGCAUCGUCUGGGCAAAAUCUUACCUCUUCAGUCAAGUCUUUGGCGUAGAUGAGGAUGAAGGCACACUCGACGGUUCCUCCAAUGCAGAGAAUGCAGAUGAGAUUGCCAACCUCGCAAAAGAGGCAAAUGCACUCAAGGUCAUUCGCGAAGCGGUGGGACAACCAGAGUUCAAGCGGCUCGUGUUUGACAAGGUAUUCAAGGAAGAUAUUGAAAGAUUGCGGUCUAUGGAGGAGAUGUGGCAGUCGAGAACAAAGCCCGAUUCGCUGUCUUUCGACACAGUCAACAGCAAAGCUCAGGAACAGGGUGGGCAGCCAUGGACAAAUGAUCAGGCACUUUGGACACUGGAAGACAAUAUCCUGGUCUUCAAUGAUUCCCUCGACAGGCUCAGCGCUAGGCUCCUAAAGCUCAAGGCAGACGCUGUUCCCGACUCUGCUGCACCCGUACUGUCGUUCGACAAGGAUGAUGUUGACACGCUCGACUUUGUGGCAGCCGCUGCCAAUAUUCGUGCACACAUCUUUGGCAUUGACAAGAAGACCAAGUUUGAGAUCAAGCAAAUGGCCGGUAAUAUUAUUGCGGCUAUUGCCACAACCAAUGCCAUCAUUGCUGGCGUGUGCGUCUUACAAUCCUUCAAAGUCUUGAAAAAUGAAAUCAAGCAAGCUAAGACGGUCUUCUUAUCGCGUCGGCCGGAGCGUGUCUUCAACAAUGAAGUUGUCGCUUCGCCUGUGCAAGAUUGUCAAGUUUGUGGCGUCGCGCGUGCACAACUACGAUGUGAUACUAGCAAACACACGCUUGGGGAAGUUGUGGAGAUGCUGAAACAGACUUGCGGCUACACCGACGAGAUCUCGGUGCUCACAGACAACCUCAUCUAUGACCCUGACUUUGACGACAAUGUCAGUAAAUCGCUUGCCGAUCUGAGUGCGGGGAGCGGCGUUUUCUUGACCGUUGUCGAUGAGGACGAAGAUGAUGAAGCCGGACCGCGCGUGAAUCUAGUCCUUGCGAUUCAGCACAUCGAGGGCCAGACUAUCGUGGAGCUUGACUCGACACCCGACAUUGCAAGGCGGCCGAAGAAGCAGCUGGUCGAGACGGACAACGUUGUUCCUGCUGCGCCAGAAGUUAAUGGCACAGGAGAGAAGCGCAAGCGCGAGGGAGAGGAUGAUUCGGAAUCAGGCAGCUCAAAGAAGAAGAAGGUCGAGCAAGAAGUGCUCUACAUCAAUGACGGCGAUGAAAUUGAGAUUGAUUAG